AUGAACCCGCUUUGGAAGGUGUACAAGAGCAAGGUGAUGAAGACCAUCAACCCGGAGGCUGAAGAAGACACCGUGACAGAGAACAGCGAGCCUGACGGGAACAUGACGCCCAUCGAGGAGGACGAGGGCCCCAGUGCCAUGACGCAGCUGGCCAAGAAGAUGCAGGGCGCAGGGACCAGAGGAUGGAAGAGCAUGUCUGCGCUCUUCAAUAAGGAUGAUGAGCACCAGCUGCUGGAGUCAGAGGGCCAACCGGCGGCAGACCACCCGCUGGCGGCGAGGCCCGAGGAGGCGCGGCCGAACAAGCGGAGCACGGGAUUCUGGGACACCUUCGCCACCAAGUGGCAGCAGGAGGCGGCCGCCAAACAGACGGCGGCCGAGGAGGGCGUGGCCUGCGGGGAGGAGGCGCAGGAGGGCAGCGAGGGCGGAGCCAGAGGCCAGGAGAGGGAGGCCCAGCAGGAGGGCGAGGAGAGCGAAGGAGGAGGAGGAGGAGGAGGAGGAGGAGUAGGGAACAGCUUCUCCAAGUACGCCUCGCUGGGUGGCGGAGGGGAGGAUUCGGCCUUCAAGUGGAACUUUGUCACCGGCAAACUGGCCGAGCUGAAGUCGAAGAGCCUGGCCAAGACCAACUAG